GUGAAUAUCAAGAAGGUAUGGCCUAUAGUUAGGCCGCAGACCUCAUCCGCUCCAAUGGUCCUGCUUGCAUUGCCACUUCAAAAAGUGUCACCGUCAGUGUUACCAGGUGAUCUUCCAGUAUUGGACUGUUUAUUCGGCACCGUGAAUGAGCAGCCUCCGCGUUGGCUGGCUGUCUCCUGCCCGGGACAAGCAAAACAGCCGUCAAAUCUGUCUUGCUGGCUGUCCGAAAGGGCGCCUAUUGAGAUAGUAACUGUUCCUCUCGUCCGCCAAUCAGAGAUGCAAGACGCUGGGGCUUCUUACGAUAUAGAAGCCGGUUGUCCCAUCAACCGGCAUGCCCAGACCCCACAUCCUUACAUGAUCGCUUUCGAAAAGUGA